UUAUAAAAUAAUUUGAUUGAAAGAUCACAAUGGAAAGUGCUAUCGUGAACUCUGAGAAGCAAAGUAUGGGAGAAUAUGACUCCAUCCCAUCAAAUUCAUACAACAGUAUUGAGACUAAACGGGAGAGAAGGUCUAAGAGACACAGAAAGGUUGAAAAAUUAGGAGAAAGUGAGGAAUAUGACCAAUCCUUGCUCAAGAGGAGGAAAAAGAAACUACAAAGCAAGGGAGGCAUCCUUUCUAUCCCUAAAAAGUCCCUCACAGCUUAUGCGAUCUUUGUGAAACAGAAAAGACGUGAAUUAAUGGACUGAGAUGAUUUUAACUCCAAAUCUCCUGAUAUGAUGAAGCAACUUGGAAAAAUUUGGAGCAGUCUCUCUCCUGAAGAGAAGAAAGUAUAUGAAGAUGUAGCUAAAUAAGGACAAAGAAAGGUACAAUGAGGAAAUCAAAAACCUCACUAAGGACGGCCAAUCUCUGGAGCAGUUACAGGCUGUCCAGGCCAAAAAGCCCAAAAAGUGACUCUCAGCUUAUAUGAUUUUUGUCAAAGAGAGAAGAAGGAAAAUUUCUGAAUCAAAUCCAAACAUGCCUGUCCUCCAGAUUAUGAAAGAGGUCGGCAAAGAGUGGAAGAAAAUUGGGUCCAAAUCUAAACGGUAUGAGCAACUAGCAGAACUUGAUAAGGUCAGGUAUAAGGAAGAAUACAAAGAGUUCCAAAAAGAGGUGGAGAAGUUGCAAUUUGGAGUCUCUGAUAAACCUAAAAAUAAUCCUAAAAAUCAUAAGCAAGAGAGUAAACCAGCAAAGGUGAAGAAGGCAAAGAAGCAAAAUUUAAAGCGUAAGGCUGUGAUUGAGGAGUCUGUAAAUGUUGAAACUUCAGAGUCCAAGGCUAAGAAGAACUCCGAUAUAGAGAAAAAUGAAAGUAUCAACACCGUGGAUACCAACUCAAGAAAAACUAAUUCUAAGCUGACUCGGUCUAAAAGGAGGCAGGAUAAGCUUCAUUCGGAUGCAACUGCUGUCAGCCAGGAUUUGAAGGUAUACAAGAAUAUUGACAAGCCAGAUAAGUUGCCUAAUAAUGAAAACGUUGUUGAAAAAGCGGUCGUCUUGGAAGGUUCACCGGAAUCUAUUAAUAUAGAACCCCAAGGUGGUGUGAAGACCCAAGAAAAUAUUAAUCACGAAUUUUCUUUUCCAGUAAGGAAUCAUCAGCCCAAGGAAAAAUACGAAAUGAAGAUAAGUUCUUAUCCUACCCAAUCUACACCAAAGAAAAAUGUGAUUUUAAAGCCAAACCAAGUUUUAGCAAAGAUUCAGAGUCCGAUUGCUCAAAAUUCCAAUAAAGCAGGAGUAAUAUUGGCAAACUCUCCCAUAAAAUCGCCUGAAAACUCAUAUUACAACCUUUUUCCAAAUAAAAUGAAUCCUCCGCACGUAAGCAAGAAGAAGAGGAACAGGAGGUUAUCCUCGAUUGUAGGGAUUCCCACCAACAUGUAUAACCAAGAAUACGAGGUAGAGCGCUUAUUCGAAGAUCCUAAUAUGGGUUUACCGAACCAAGACAGCUGUGGUAAGGGAAAGUUCAACUUCUUCCCCUCUGAUUUAAACAGGAAGGCAUAGAUAUUUCCCUACUUCUAGCCUUGAAGGACCCAACAGCAAGACUGUAAUAUACUAAGCUUGUAAGCAUUUCACAAAUUGAGUUAUGAAUCAUUUUGAGUCAUAUUC